AUGUCUGUUCUAUGCCUGACACCCUACCCAAACAUCGAGAACGCGGAGAAAGCUUUCGAGGGUGGGUCUGGCGAGAAUCCAAUUCAACCUGGUGGCAAGGUUACCUUCACCUGCAAGCACCCGCGAGGGUUCACCGACGGAUCCAAGACACACGAGGCCACUUGUUCCCUCGCGGUACCUGAUGUUUGGUGCACGACGUUUGUGAAAGAAGAAACGGCUCUCCUGUGUCCACCUCCACGUAAGCAUGUUUCAGAGACGAAGCGUGAGAAGGAGGCAGUUAAGAAGAGGGCGAAUGCAAGGGAGGAAAGAGAAACUGCGAAAAGGGGGAAAGUGAACGGUAAGGUGGUGUAUCCGAACUGCCUCCUGACAGAGAAGGGGAAAGAAUACAAGGGGAAAGUGAAUGUGACAGAGACAGGGAAAUCAUGCCUGAGAUGGGAUGCCCCCGAACUGAAAAAAAUCUACGAUGCGAAUCCUACAUACCAGUUCGAUGCAUAUCCGGAACUCUUCUACGAAGAGUUUUUCUUAAACUUGAACCCAGCUUCGCAUGAAAACUUCUGUAGAAAUCCGACGAUGAAGAACAGGCCCUGGUGUUUUGUCGAUGAUGAUGGCAAAAUCCAUUCCGAGUAUUGUCGGAUUCCCCUCUGCGAUGACACGCGUGCACCUGAGUGCAAGCUGACACAGAAGGGAGGGGAAUACAUGGGAGUGAAGAGCCGAACAAUCUCUGGUUUCCCAUGCAAUUCGUGGCUGGAUCCGAAAAACCAGGAGUAUGAGAGAAUCCAGGAAAGCAAGCGAUUGACCUUCUCGGAUCCCCUCACCGCCACCCACAACUACUGUCGGAACCCAAAUGGGAGUCCAGGUGGUCCCUGGUGCAGCAUCAAGGACACAGGAGGGUCCGGCCUACAAUUUGAAUAUUGCGAUGUGCCUUUCUGUGCCCCGGAAGCAGGAGAGAGAAAGUGUGAGACGGGAAACCAGUGCGAGUCGAUGGUUGACAUGUCCACCUCUUCUUUCAAUGCACGUCGGGACACGUUGAACAAAACGAUCCAUUCAUUCCGCACAGAUACCUCGGGAUAUGCGCUGGACAUUAUCAGUGAUGCGAUCUCAUAG